GGAGGUUUCAGAAGAGCACAUACAAUCUAUCUAGCCAGCUUGUGCUCACCAUGUCGGCAACACCUACACCACUACUUGCCUUUCAGGUGGAGACUCUGUUUCAAAGCUGUCAUCACAUUCAACCAUCAUUUUGGCAUGCCUUUUGCUAUGGCUUUGGCGUCGCAGCGGCCUUUGUCGGAUCCCUCUACAUACUUGUUCCUUCCCGUAUCCGACGAUUGGAUCGAGAUGAUCCCUUGCACAUCCAAUGGCGCACCUUUGCCACGAGUGUAGUGUGUCUCGUGUCUAUUCUGGUCUAUCCUUGGAGCUUUUGUGCGGAUUCAUCCAGUGAAGGUGAAAGUGUCCUGGUCCGACUGGGAUUGUGGCCCAGUCAAGGAACUGGAUUAUGGCACUUUUUCUUGGGUCCAUUGGCGCAUUCCGUGCUACUCUACUUGGGUCCUAUUACGAUGCUGUUGUUGCAAGCCAAACUCAUGGCCGAAUCCACGGCAGACCCAUCCGCCAUGGACUACUGGGAAGCCCUAAAGGCAGUCCUCUUUCCCACUCCCUUGGGUCAACCGGCCCCCGAACAAUUGGAACGGGAGCGAUGGAUUAAAUUGCGCGCCAAAGUGAUUGCACCCAUUUUAGAGGAAAUUGCCUUUCGGGGAUGUCUGAUCCCUCCUCUCUUGGCGACGGGUCUCUUUCAUCCUGCAGCGGUGGCAUGGAUUGCCCCACUCUUUUUUGGUUUGGCCCAUUGUCAUCACGCUGCCUUGCGACUACAGCAGGGAGAAUCUCUACAAAAAACCUUACUCUCCACGGCAUUUCAAUUUCUCUAUACGACACUGUUUGGAGCCUAUGUCUCCUUUGCCUUUAUUCGCACGGGAUCCAUUGUGGCGGUCAUUUUGAGCCAUUCCUUUUGCAAUACCAUGGGACUACCUUCGGCGGCCUUUUUGGAUCGAAGAUCCAGUCUCUACAAGUAUCAUAUUGAUUUGGUAAAGGCAUAUCUCUUGGGUGUCGCCAUUUUUGUCUGGGGAUUCUUUGAUCCACUGGCUACCUUUUUGCCACGGAAAUAAUGAAGGAAUUGAAUCAUCUUCCACACCACAAAAUGCUUUGCCCAAAAAGGGAAACGAUACGACAACAACACUGCAAACACCGUGCGAGCAUGUGGAACACUAGCAAUAUGGCCAACAGACGGAAGCGGCCAGUAAUCUGAGGGGCUCUCCUGGGGUUACGUCCAUGGUUAC